GGGAAUUGAAUUCGACUUGAUCUUUUUCUUUUUUUUUUUUUUUUUUCAAUUCAUUGCUUUCACCCUUUUCUUUUUAUCACUACCACCAUCAUGUCUGCUCCUGGUGAUGAAAAGUCCGAGGGACUGACAAAAUAUAUGAAACGUAUGAAGACUGUUCUUCGUCGCUCAACCAGCUCUAGAAAUUCGUCCAUCUCAAGCAUGCAGGAAGUUCUUGGAGCCCCUAAACCGGCACCUCCCAAGGUGGAGGCCCAACCGACCGUUGCUCCUGCUCCUGCUCCUGCUCCUAUUGUCGCUGCUGCUGCUGCUGCUGCUGCUGCCGCCGCCGCGACCGUCCCUAGCAGCUCCAAACCCAAAACCCGCGAGCCGACCGUUGUUUCUCACUGGAGCGCUAUUCAGCAGGAAAAGGCCCGCGCUCUGUUCGCCAAAUAUGGCCUGACUCUCGAGCCUGGCGAGUGGAAGUCGCCCUCCAACCUGACUGUCCAGCGUGUUGCGAAGCCGAUCCGCAUGAGGGUUCACCGUACCUGCCACCGCUGCCAGACCACCUUCGGCCCUGACAAGGUCUGCGUCAACUGCCAGCACACUCGCUGCAAGAAGUGUCCCCGCCACCCGCAGUCCAAGAGCCCCGAGGAGAAGGAGAAGGAGGCCGCCGUCAAGCUCAAGGCCCUCGAGGCCCGUCUCGCCGAGUCCAAGGGCAAGACCGCCGCCAUUUCCACCGCCGCAGCUGCCGCAAAGAAGAAGAACCUGCUCACCAUCCCCUCCCGCACCGGCGGCCAGGAUCUCAUCCGCAAACCGAUCAAACAGCGUGUUCGCCGGACCUGUCACAUGUGCAACACCCUCUUCCACGGAUCCGACAAGGAAUGUACCCAGUGCAAGCAUAUCCGCUGCAAGAAGUGUCCCCGUGAUCCACCCAAACUCCACAAGUAUCCCGACGGAUAUCCUGGUGACGCCGAACCCCCGUACGAAAAGCCUGAGCGCGUGUGGAGGAAACCUCGAAGGCGCGUGCGCUACACCUGCCACAAGUGUUCGACGACCUUCCGCUCCCGCGAGAAGGUCUGCUCGGGCUGUGGUGAAGCCAAGGGGCCGGAUACCUUACGUGAUCCUCCUAAACGCAUCCCUCAGGAGCCGGAUCCGGAAGUCCUCAGACGUGUCGAAGCACGACUGGCGGCUCUCAAUAUUAGGUCUUAAAGUUCUCGGUCUUCUGGCUCAAUUGACUCGAUCCCUGUCGGCCUUGUGACCUUGAUGUUUCGAUCUUGAGCUUGAUUCGACGGAACUAGAUCUAUCACUGCUCCCUGUGUGACUGUCUACGACUUGCUGUUGCUGUUGCUUUGUUGAUUCGUGCGCCUGUUCCCUGCAGCAUCUUCACAUACCCAUACCUCCCUUCCCCCCAAUGUUUUUCCCCCCAUUCGUUACGCCCAUCAUGACAUCCCCUAAACGAGCAUCGCAGAGUCGGCCGCACCGUUCCGCUCCUUCAUA